AUUGAAAGAGAUGCCGCCUGAUUUGAUAUCAUCAUUAUCAACUAAACACACUAUAAAACGCUAUAAUAUCACAGUCUUCUGUCUUCACAUAACACGAAACAAAGUAAAAAGAAGAAUAUUAGAAGAAGAAGAAUGGAGAUCUCAACUUUGAAACCAAUAAUCAAAGUAGCAGCAUUGUGUGGCUCUCUUCGUAAAGCCUCUUUUAACUAUGGACUCAUUCAUUCUGCGAUUCAGCUGAGCAAGGAGCCUAUAUUCAAAGGGUUAUUAGAUAUAGAGUACAUAGACAUCUCACCAUUGCCCAUGCUCAACACUGAUCUCGAGGUCAAUGGAACUUUUCCACCGGCCGUCGAAGCUUUCCGCCGGAAAAUUCUUGAAGCUGAUAGCUUUCUCUUUGCCUCGCCGGAGUACAAUUUCUCCGUCACCGCACCUUUGAAGAAUGCAAUGGAUUGGGCAUCUAGGCCACCAAAUGUUUGGGGUGACAAAGCUGCAGCCAUUGUGAGCGCCGGAGGCCAGUGGGGGGGCGGCCGAUCACAGUACCAUCUUCGCCAGAUUGGAGUUUUCCUUGAUAUUCACUUCAUCAACAAGCCUGAGUUUUACUUGGAUGCAUUUCAAUCUCCUGAGCCAUUUGAUAGUGAUGGAAAAUUGAUUGAUGAACCAUCCAUCGAGAGGUUAAAGAAAGUUCUUUUGUCUCUUCAAGCAUUUACUUUGCGUCUCAAAGCUAAAUGAAUAUAAGGCACAAAUAUUUUAUGUGAAAUUUCUGUAUUUUGUACUUACUAUUUGGGAUUCACAACUUUUCUCUUAUGUACUAUUUUGAGAUAUUCUAAUAAAUGUUAUGUUUGGUGGAAA